AUGGCUGAAUUCUUAAAUUAUCAAGUCAACUUGACUUUGCGUGACGGCUCUAGCUCGUCAGGAACAAUUGUCCAUGUAGAUAAGUCCAGUAUUGUCCUUUCUGGGAACUCAGCUGAACCGAUCAACAUUGAGAGCAGUAAGAUUCUAGAUUUGAAGGUUAUCCAGCUUCCUCAAGACUUGAUAAAAGGACUUAAAAAGAAAAAGAAGCAGCUGGAGAAGCAACAGCAAUCACAGCAACAACAACAAUCCCAGUAUCAGUCCAACGAGUUGUUGGACGAUGCUAUUGUCUUUGCCAAGAAGCCAAACUCGUCUGCUCAAGGUUCAGUAUCUGUUUCGCGUGUGGAAACACCCAAACUCAAGAACAUCAAACCAUCUCAGAACCCAUCUUCUUCCUCGUCAUCGAACUGGGGCAAAGAGAGCGACAUUCAGGAGAUCAAGUCAUCCAAUGAAUUCGACUUUGCGGCUAACUUGGCAAUGUUUGACAAGAAGUCUGUGUUCGCCGAUUUCCAAAGACAUGACACCGUUAGCCCUGGCGAUAGAUUGGUGGGACACAACAAGCUUCCAAAUGGCGAGUUUGACAGUCCUAGCCAAAGCCGUGACUUCAAUACAGUAGAUAAGGAGAAGGUGAAGUACGGUAACGAUGAGAUGGUUUUAGAUAGCAUGAAGGUGGAUAACUGGGACAUGAUUGGGUCUACAACGUCCAAGAACAACAGCAAAAAUGCACAGGGAAAUAAUGGAAGGAGCAUGAGCACUGCAAGAGGUGGAACCCCAGUACUUAAUGAUGAAGCGGCAGCACCUCCGUUGAAGAGAGUGUUCAAGUUGGUGCAUGGUGAGAGUCGAGAGGUUGUGCCCUUGUGCUCGCCUGUUCAAUUGCUUGAAGUUGAAAGAAUCUCAGCUGAGUCGUACGGAAUCACGCCAUCGUUAAUGACAGAAGUAGCGUCGGUCAAUCUUUCGCAAUUGAUCUUGAGCAAGAUGCUUGGGGGGCUGAAUAGAUUGAGUAAUAAGAAAAACCACAAUUUACCACCGUUGGUGUUGCUCUUGAUUGGAAGUGGGAGAUGUGGAGCAAGAGCCUUCGCUACAGGUCGCCAUUUAACCAACCAUGGUGUCAGGGUAUUGGCGUUUGUGGUGAAUGCCAAUAUGGAGGAGGAAGACGAUAGCAGCAACCUCAUCUCCAAGCAGUGGGAAUUAUUUGAAAUGGCAGGAGGGAAGGUGAUUACUUCCAAUUUCAACCAACUAUUAAACAUCAUAAAUAAGGAAUUGGAUACUCCGGUAGAAUUGAUCAUAGACGCCUUACAGGGCUACGACGACCACUUGGAGGAUAUUUUUUUCCAAGAAAAGGACUUACAGACGUUGAAGGAGAUCAUUCACUGGUGUAACGAAUCGUUACAACAUAUCAAGACCAUGUCCUUGGAUAUACCAUCAGGGAUCGAUGGAGGUUCCGGUACCGUUCUGGACUUUGGGUUGUACAUUAAUUGUAGAUGGUGCAUAUCCAUGGGGUUGCCAAUAACGGGAUUGAUCCAUGCGUACAAGAACAAUUGUAUAAGCUACGGAACUGAGGGUGAAGUGUUGCAUUAUUUGAUUGACACCGGAAUACCAAACAAGGUAUUCAGCAGUAGAGGAAACUUGAGGAAGUUCGAGAAGUUCUGGUACAGUUCUGGCUACGGCAUCAAGUUGCAAUUAUCUGUAGAAUAG